UUUUCGGUCCGCCGGCUGAUGAAAUACUCUUCCUAAAACUAGUUAUGUUUGCCCGCUGCGCCCUUAAAACCGUGCAGGAGGCGUGGCCAAUGGUCAAGUCGACACGGAUUUGGUCACAGACCAGAGGUUUCCACGUGAGCGGCAGCCAACUGCAGCCGAGCAAGCAGACCAAACUUGAGCUGAAGCGCCGCCUGAAGGCCGAGCAAAAGGCCAAGGAAAAGGCGGAAAAGGCAGCCGCCGCUGCUCCUGCGACCGAAGGAGCUGCUGGCAAGAAGAAGAGCAGCGCAGAGGAGGAGGAAAUCUCCCCCAACGAAUACUUCAAGCUCCGCUCCGCCGCCGUCCAGGAGCUGAAGCGUUCACCCACCACCGAUCCCUAUCCUCACAAGUUCCAUGUGAGCAGUUCACUAGAGGACUUCAUCGCGAAGUACGAGAGCAGCUUGAAGGAAGGCGAAACCCUGGAGAAUGUCCAACUAAGCGUGGCGGGACGUGUCCAUGCCAUCCGCGAGUCGGGCGCCAAGCUCAUCUUCUACGAUCUGCGCGGCGAGGGCGUCAAGGUGCAGGUGAUGGCUAGCGCCAAGUCCUACAAGUCGGAGGCGGAAUUCGAGACUGACACGGCCAAACUGAGGCGAGGCGAUAUCAUCGGCGUCGUCGGACAUCCCGGCAAGACCAAGAAGGGUGAACUCUCCGUGAUGCCCAGCGAGAUCAAGCUGCUGUCGCCCUGCCUUCACAUGCUGCCCCAUCUGCAUUUCGGGCUCAAGGACAAGGAGACGCGCUACCGCCAGCGCUACCUGGAUCUCAUCCUCAACAACAAAGUGCGCGAGAACUUCCAGAUUCGCGCCAAGAUCAUCUCCUACGUUCGCCAGUUCCUCGAUCGCCUCGGCUUCCUGGAGAUCGAGACGCCCAUGAUGAACAUGAUCGCCGGCGGAGCCACUGCCAAGCCCUUCGUAACCCAUCACAACGACCUCAAGAUGGACCUGUUCAUGCGCAUCGCUCCGGAGCUCUACCACAAGAUGCUGGUGGUCGGCGGGCUCGACCGCGUCUACGAGAUCGGUCGGCAGUUCCGCAACGAGGGCAUCGACCUCACCCACAAUCCCGAAUUCACCACUUGCGAGUUCUACAUGGCGUAUGCCGAUUACGCCGACAUUAUGGACAUCACCGAGCAGUUGGUCGCGGGCAUGGUGAAGGCCAUCCGCGGAUCCUACAAGGUCAUCUAUCACCCAGAGGGUCCCGAGGGACCCGAGCAAGAACUUGACUUUACGCCACCCUUUAAGCGGGUGUCCAUGAUCAAAACGCUGGAGGAGAAGCUGCAGGUCAAGUUCCCGGCUGCCGAUACCUUCAAUACGCCCGAGACGAAUCAGUUCCUCUCGCAGCUAUGCACCAAACACCAGGUCGAGUGCCCCGCGCCGCGGACCACCGCCCGUUUGCUGGACAAGCUGGUGGGCGAGUUUAUCGAGGAGUUCUGCAUCAAUCCGACGUUCAUCUGCGAGCAUCCGCAGAUUAUGUCGCCGCUGGCCAAGUACCAUCGCAGCACGCCCGGCCUGACGGAGCGCUUCGAGCUGUUCGUGGCCAAGAAGGAAAUCUGCAACGCGUACACCGAGCUGAACGAUCCCGUCGUGCAGCGCGAACGCUUCGAGCAGCAGGCCAGCGAUAAGGCGGCUGGGGAUGACGAGGCCCAGCUGGUCGACGAGAACUUCUGCACGGCCCUGGAGUACGGUCUUCCGCCCACCGGCGGUUUCGGCAUGGGCAUCGAUCGGCUGGCCAUGUUCCUCACGGACUCCAAUAACAUCAAGGAGGUUCUUCUCUUCCCCGCCAUGAAGCCGGAGGAGGCCAACCGCACGGCGGCGGAAACUGCUCCGGCCACUCAGCAGUAGAGGGCCACCGCUCACCCACUCAACCCCAAUCCUUGUACGUUACGCUGGUCCCGGGCUAGACCCAGUUGCUAAGUUAUUCGACAAAUAAACCUUUCCUUUCCAAUAA